AUGCAGCUGCGCUGGAGCGGCCACCUGGUGCGCAUGGACGAUGAGCGACUUCCCAAACGACUCUUCUACGGAGACGUUGCGACGGGUUCUUGUCGUCAAGGAGGCCAAAUUCGCCGUUACAAGGAUACCUUGAAGUCCUCCCUGAAGCGCCUGCAAAUCAACCCGACCAACUGGGAAGAGCUCGCUCGCGAUCGUCCGACAUGGAGGAGAACAGUGAAGACGGGCGCUGCUAUCUAUGAAGCCAACCACAUCGCCGCCGCCAAAGUGAAACGCGAAGCCCGCAAAUCACAACUUCGCCCAAUACGCAACGCCGCCGCACAACCUCUCCCUACGUGUCCUCGAUGUCAACGGACAUUCCGGGCACGAAUCGGACUUGUUGGACAUCUUCGAACCAACUGCACCUCUCGAACUGCUCCAGCCAUCGUCCCCCAGCCCGCCGUUUCCUCGUCAUCUCCUCCGCCAACUAACUCUGACACUCCUUCUGCACCACCACUUCCAUCCUCCUCCUUCUCCUCCACUGCCCCAGCGGUGGCCGUUCAGGCUGCCGUCUCACACAUCGCCAACCACGACACAACAACCGCAACCACCCCCCACCCCUCCCGAUUCCAGUGA